AUGCAUUCCCAGCGGGUGCAAGUCACGACGUGGCGCUGUGAGCACUCUGUGGGAGCCCGCUGGCACUGCGGCAGCUGCGAUGUGUGGGACCUCGCGAAGCACCGCCGCUGCGCCACGGCCGGGUGCAAGGGCUUCUUCGGGCCAGCGCAGGCGCAGCAACGCCAGCCUGGUGGGCGAUGGCGCAACGGGCCGCCGAAGCCGCAGCUGGGGCAAUGGCUCGGCGCGCCAAAUGCGCCCAAGGGCCAGGACAAGCCGCCCUGGCGCAGCGGCGGUGGCAGAGGCGGCGGCGGGGACGACAGCACCGCGCCGCCGCAGCAGGUCAGUGCCGAGGAGCUGGCCAUUUACGCGGGGCUCCCUGCCGAGACUUGGGAGCUCUUCCGCACCAAGUUUUCGCGGUCGGUGCAAGACAAGGUCACCAACAUGCGCCGCGCCAAGGACUCGGGCCUCGAGAUGGUCGCCGUCGGCUCCGACGUCAGCCAACAGGUGGAUAAGCUGUCCAAGCAGCUGGUCCAGGCCCGCACCAAUGUCAGCAAUGACACGGAGCAUGCAGCCAAGGCGUUGCAGAUCCUCGCUGAUUCCAAGGACAAGGUCGCGAAGCUGGAGCAAGAGCUCCGGGACGCUCGCGCCAAGGCCGCACAGGUCUUCGCGGGGCCCGCCCAUGCUUCCAUGUCGGCUCUCGAGGAGGCCGUCACCAAGAUCUCCGCCGAAGCCAGCGGCAAAACCGUCGAGCAGGACCCUGAGCGCAAGCGGCUGGCCGAGUCCAUCGCGCUCGGCACCCAGCAAAAAAGCGGCAGCGGCUGGCGCCUGUUUCCCAGCAGCCCGGCCAGACACGGGUUUGACAGCUCUGCGCAGAGUAUGGAGACCCACCAGUCGCCGGCCCAGGCUGUUGCGGCGGCCGCUCAGCUGUGUAAGCUGGGCUGGCACGCCCUCGUGAGGGCCGCUGACGGCGCUGAGGCCGCGGGGUGCCACGGCCACGGAGGCCUCAUACAGCUCGCGCCGCGCCAUUGGGGCAUGGCGCCGUUCGAGCGCGUCGGGAUCGACUCCGGCGGGCUCGUGCCUGGCCGCCUUUCGGUGGUCCACCACGCCGGCCUGGUCCCAGGCGGUUUCGCGUGGUUCAACGUGCACCUCGUCUGUGGCGACGGCAUGUCCGCCGCCAGCGUGGCGCUGCUGGACAUUCUAACCAAGGUGGCCACCACGCUGGGCAAGCCCUUCGUCAUCUCGAACGAUUUCAACUUCAGCCCGGCCGACGCGCAGCAAAGCAAGCUCGUUCACCAGCUGCAGGUUUGUGUCCUCGCGCCCAGCAUCGGCACCUGCAGGCCUUCCGACGGCAUCCUUGACUAUUUCGUGGUCUCGCCGUGCUUCGCGAAGGCCAAGAUAACCACGCUGCUGGAUUGGCCUAUUUGCCCGCACAGGCCUGUGCUGAUCGAGAUCGAUUGCGUUGGCGAGCCGCCCAUGAUGCAGGUCAUGCCCACUCCUUGGUGUCUCCCGCGGCCUCUUCCGCGAGGCUGCUGCUCGCGCGACCACGACCCAGCGUGGCUCCAAGCGCGGGUAGACAUCGAUCAGGCCGAAACUAUGCACGCGGCGUGGAAGGCCUUCAUCAUGCAGGCCGAAGCCAACGUCCUGGACGCGCGCGGGCUGGAUGGAGAGGCCGAUUCGCGCGGAGGAAGGCACCUGCAGCCGCGGCUGCGCUGGCAGCGCGUCGCCCUGCCCUCGCCGUUGACUUCGAACGGCCGCUGGCCCGUGAAAGAGGGAUCCGAGCACUCGGCCGACUGCAGCGACAGCAAGAGGUCCCUGCGUUGGGCUCUCCAGAUCGUCGGCGGCUUCUUCGGGCUGGUGCAGAGGCGCGCAGAGCUGGCCAUCUCGGCCAUGGGCGCCAUGCUCGCCGACUUGAGCGCGCAGCGCGACCUGAGCCGCGCCAAGGCAAAGUUCGGGUCAUGGGUCGAGGAACAGGCGGCGCUCGGAUCGGUCGCCCUGCACGCCAUCACGAAGGAGCCUUUGCCAUGGCAGGCCGGCCCCGUGGCGCCCGAGCUGCGCGG